AUGACGAAAAAAGCGGUCUGGCACCAGCACCACGUGAAUUCUGCAGGAUUAUAUCUGAAGAAUAACCUGAGAAAUGUAUAUAAUUUAAUGCAGCCUGAACACCAGCACUACGUGAAAUCAGAGUCGUUGCCUUGUCUUGGUGCAGCAGAUAAACACAUAAGAUCUAUGACAGGAACUAUUAUUAGCGUUGUUGUUCAAACCGUAGGAGUUUCACGCUGGCCCGAAUUAUUGCUAGCCCUUGUGAAUUGCUUGAACUGCAAUGAUCUAAAUCACAUGGAAGGUGCAAUGGAUGCAUUAUCCAAGUCACAUCUAAAGAAUGUGAUCGAAUAUAUGUUACAAGUCAACAAGGACAUAGAUGAAGAAGUGGCCCUUGAAUCCUAUGAGGAAGGAGUCUGCAACCUGUGGUGA